AAGUUUUUUAUGUGUAGAAAUUUUAAGAAGCGCACACGAGGCAACGCAUUCCAUCAUUCGCCUCCCGUGUCUCAAAAGCCAUAGCGUUACAGGAACUAAAAAGAAAGAAAGGAAAAGUUUUUAAAAGAACCAACAAAACCGUGCUAGCUCCUAGAAUCUGCUAGAAAUUAUUUUCCGCAUUUAACCACUUUGAUCAUCGCCGAUUACCGACUUCACUGCCGAUCAGAGCUAGGUUUUCAAAUAUCUUUCUUUUCUUUUGAAUAAUACUCGACGAUGGAGGAGUGGUCGUUCCACGACGGCAACGUAUACAAUCUACUCGACAGCAGGCACAUCGACAUUCGCCAUGAUGUUGAUCAUAGUUUGCAGAUGCAUUCGUCACUGAUUGGGAGGCUUUCAUUGGAACAAGAAUUGGAGGGACAUCAGGGUUGUGUAAAUGAUGUGGCUUGGAAUUCAAAUGGUUCACUUUUGGUUUCUGGUUCUGAUGAUGCACGGAUUAAUAUUUGGAGCUAUGCUGGUCGAAAGCUUUUGCAUUCUAUAGAGACUGGGCAUUCUGCUAAUAUAUUCUGCACCAAAUUCAUUCCUGAAACAUCUGAUGAGCUUGUGGUCUCUGGUGCUGGAGAUGCGGAGGUUCGGUUAUUUAAUUUGUCUCGCGUAAGUGAGAGAGGGCUCAAUGAUGUUGCUACUACUCCAUCAGCGCUCUAUCAGUGUCACACAAGAAGGGUUAAAAAACUAGCGGUUGAAGUUGGAAACCCCAAUGUGGUCUGGAGUGCAAGUGAAGAUGGAACUCUGAGACAGCAUGACUUUCGGGAAGGCACUUCUUGUCCUCCAGCAGGAUCUUCUCACCAAGAGUGUCGCAAUGUUCUACUUGACUUGCGUUGUGGGACAAAGAGGUCACUAGCUGAUCCUCCUAGACAUACGCUUGCCCUAAAAUCUUGUGAUAUCAGUUCUACGAGACCUCAUUUGCUCCUUGUUGGUGGAAAUGAUGCAUUUGCUCGUCUAUAUGAUAGACGCAUGCUGCCACCACUGACCUCCUGCCGCAAAAGAAUGUCACCGCCUACUUGUGUUAAUUAUUUCUGCCCAAUGCAUCUUUCUGACCGUGGACGGUCAAGUAUGCACUUAACUCAUGUUACAUUUAGCCCUAAUGGAGAAGAGGUUCUACUGAGCUAUAGUGGGGAGCAUGUAUAUCUAAUGGACGUAAAUCGCGCUAGUGGGAGUUUGAUGCAAUAUACCUCGGGAGAUACUUCAAAAUUAAUGACCUUUACUGCUGUACAGAAUACACUGGAGCACCAACCACCUGCUUCCGGUGUCUUCCAAAAUGGCCUCUUCCGAAGAAGCAGCCUUGCCGCAAGAAUUGAAAAAUGCAGGAUGUUGGUUGAAAUUGCUAAAAGAUCUUUGGAGGAGGGGACAAAUAUUUUCCAUUCAAUUGAGGCAUGCAAUGAAGUCUUGGAUGGACAUGGUAGUGAUAUUGGGCCCACACUAAGGCAUGAAUGUUUCUGUACACGUGCUGCCUUGUUGCUGAAGCGAAAGUGGAAAAAUGAUGCCCAUAUGGCCAUUAGAGAUUGCCAUAAUGCUCGAAGAAUAGACAGUUCUUCCUUUAGAGGUCAUUACUAUAUGGCUGAGGCUUUAGAACAGUUGGGAAAACGUAAAGAAGCUUUGGACUUUGCUGUUGCAGCGCAAUGUUUAUCUCCAUCUGAUACUAUGGCAGCUGAGAAAGUGGAGAAUAUAAAAAAACAUCUUGCUGGAGCAGAGGCAGAAAAAAAUAACAGGGCAAGUGAUGGGGCAUCUAAAUCUGAACCCCGAACUGGAAGGGUAUUGUCAUUGAGUGACAUACUCUAUCGCUCGGAAGCUAACAGUGAUGCUUCCCAAGAUGGUCCAAGAUCUGAAAGAGAAGAUUCUGAUUAUGACGAGGAGCUGGAAUUAGAUUUUGAAACUUCAAUAUCAGGUGAUGAGGGGCGCGAUAUUGAAUCCAACAUACUACAUGGAAGUUUAAACCUUAGAUUUCAUCGAAGAGGUGAUUCAGCAAGGGAAACUGGUGCAAAUGGUUCAUGUGGAUCUCCAUCCUCAGCAUCGCAAAAUGAUAGAGCAGCUUAUCAGCCUGAGGCAGUUAUUGAUAUGAAGCGGAGAUAUGUUGGUCACUGCAAUGUUGGAACUGACAUUAAACAGGCCAGUUUCGUUGGUCAGAGAGGUGAAUAUGUUGCUAGUGGGAGUGAUGAUGGGAGGUGGUUUAUUUGGGAAAAGCAGACUGGUAGAUUGAUAAAAAUGCUUCUUGGAGAUGAUGCUGUUGUAAACUGUGUGCAGUGCCAUCCAUUUGAUUGCUUUGUGGCAACCAGUGGGAUUGAUAACACGAUAAAGCUAUGGACUCCAACUGCUGGUGGGUCAGCAGGGCCAGAAACUGCUAAAAUGUUGGAAGCCAUGGAAAGUAAUCAACGUAAAUUAUGUCGUAAUCGUGAAGCUAUCCUGCCCUUUGAAUUUUUGGAGCGGUUCCGGAUGCAUGACUUUUCUGAAGGAUCCUUGCAUCCAUUUGAGUGUGCCCAGAGCUAGUCAACUUAUAGCCCUUACAAUAGUAUGCAGCUUUUGCCAUACAAAUAGCAACGUGCAGCAGCAAAUCAUAAUGGAAAGAAGGGAUCUUUGGUCACACAAAAGUCCGGUGAAGAUGACGUACGAUUAAUGAAUGAAUGAUAAAAGCCAGCUCUUAAUUAGUUGACCAUGUCAAGCUUAUGGGGAUUGUCAAAGAUUAGUUAGAAGAUUGAAUAAAGCAUGUAAAGCAUCUCAGUUAGUUUUCAUGUAGUAUGUUCUUUUUUCUUUCCACCUUUUCUUCAAUGUCGAAGACCAUUCGAUUUGUUUGUAAAUUGUUGGAGACGGUCAUGUAUAUAGUUUGAGGAAUGAGGAUUUUUAUGUAAAUGGUCAACAUACUGCGGUACCCUCAGUCCGGACUCCGGAGUGGAUUGGGGUCUGAUCUGUGAACGUCCAUUUCGGGAUGGUCGGUACGGUUAUGCCUUUUGAGUUGAUAUUUUUUAAUCGAAUGCAAGUGGCCGUGCUUGGUGUUAUAAUUCAAACAUCUACUUUCCAGCGAUCCCUGGAAGGGGUUAGAAAAAUGAUUAGCGGAGCAGAGGUGGAUGUGUGGUUGUGACUUUGACCGGAAAGAAAUAUUCGUCAAAGUGGAAAAGGGUUGUCUUGUCAGUUCUUUAAAGUAGUCUAGUUAUUUUGUCGGCCAAAACCGUGUGGUAUAAAGUCGAUUUUUUACUGGAAUCUU